GUCAUCUCUAAAUAAGAACAUUACUCAACACUGUCGUCAACUGCAGAUUUUCCAAUAAGAAGCAGUAGCGCUGUGCGCUUAUCUAAAUAACUUCCUAAAUUUAAUUAGUUGCUGACGAAGUACAAAAAAAACUUAAAAUCGGAGCAAGGGGAGGUACUCUGUGUGACAGAUGACCCAGCUCCUUGGCCAAGCGAAGGCAGCAAGAGAGAGCGAGAGUGGGGAAGUAUCACCGCCAGCUGUGUAGCAGCAACAAUAACAAGGCAGUAACGAGGUCGCAGGACCAAAAAAAGGAGGAGGUGGCGCAGGAGCAGGAGGUGUGUAAGUAUUAACCCGCAGCCAUGCGCUUUAACAAGCCGGAACUGAACACCCUGGCCAGCAAUCCAGCAACUCGGUUCGACAAGGAGGGCCUGCUUAUUAUAACCGACCGCCAGGAGGGCUUCCUGUGGCGUUCUAGCGAAGUCAGAGUUGAACGUUGGUGUAAACUGCGUGGCAAUUUACUGUUCUACCUCAAGGAUAAGGACCCCAAGUCAGCAAUAGCCGGCCUCCUGGUGCUGGAGAACUGUCGCCCGCGGAUCCAGAAUGAGGAGCGUGAUCCCGAGGGCUUCGUUUUCGACCUAGACUUCAAGGACAGCUCAUCUGAGCGUUUCAUUACACGUUCGUCGGCCGAACGUUUGGCCUGGGUGCAGUGCAUCGAACAGGCCUCCAGUGAAAAACUUAACGUGCUUAUCCGACAGCUUAAAGAUCAGAUCGUUUCCCAAAGUCGACAGCUAAACGUAGGAACGGAAAUGGGCAAUCACAUUGAUCUGGGGAUGCCAUUGGAGCAGCAAGUGCAGGACCAACUGCAGCUGCAGGGACCGCCCGCUGAGGAGUCGCCAGCGCCUGCAACGAUGGAGGUGGUGGCGGCGCCGUUUGAAGAACUUGAUCUCUCGGAGCUGCCCAUUUGCGAGACGGCCCUCUCCUGUGAUACACUGCCCUUGGACACGAUGGGCCGAUCGCCCAAUCCACAGGUCGUAUGCUCACUGCUGCCAACGGCUGGAGAAGAUUGCCUGUGGCGGGAGCAUGCCCGCACAGAGCUGCAGGAGCGCACACGUAGUCCUCAAUUCCUAUGCACGAUGCGCUUCCAGCGCAGUGCUGGAUUCUCGGCAAGCACACGCCUUCGGUUCAGUGUUUUCGAUGUCCGUGAACGGAUGACACUCACCGCACUGCCGCUGGGUCACGCUGAGGUGGCUCUGGGUGUCAUUCAGGACACCACCCGACUGCGUCUGCCACUCACAUCGCCGCGCGGUGAAUGUGGCUUUAUUACACUCGCCUCCUGGUCCCCCGAUGCAGCCGUAGAGCCUGGUCAGUCAGGGAAUGGACCACCGCGUUCCAGCACUCAGCUAUUUGAUGGAUCGGGAACCGCUUCCGGAGCAACCACCAGACGAGCGCAUCGUCGCACCCAAUCGCUGCCGCCAAAGCUAGGAGUCCGGCUGUUUGUGCCUCAGCAAUGUGGCUUGCAGCGUGUGUGCUCCAAUCCUCGUUUGCGCACAUAUCGGCUGCAUUCUUCCCUUGGCGCGGACAUCAGUGUCCAGGAGACGCUGCUGGAGUCCCGCCUGUGUUGUCAGCUACCACAGCAAUUGCUUUCAAUCUGGAUCCAGCGUGAGAAAGAGCUGCUGCAGGAGAUCUCAGGAAUGGGCGAACUGAGUGGCGAGUGGCGAUGGCGGCAAAUGAAUCUGCUCGAGGAGCACUUACGCCUGCUCAAGGAUUAUUCACAGGCAAAACAGAACAUUCAGCAGCUGGCACGCGAUGGUGUUUUCUUUAAGCGAUCUUCGGCAAAGGCAGACGAGUCGUUGGAGUUUUUGCCGGUGAAUCUGCAUGUGCAACGGAUGUGGGCCCAGAAUGACACCUUGCAGCGAAGAGGCCUGUUGGACGUGGUUACCGUAGGUGCCUUUACACGUCACGAUGCCAAGGGUCGCAAGUGCGGUGGACUCAUCAAACUUCUUCAGGAGAGCAAGUCUUGGAAACUGGAGCAAAGCAACGCGUGUAAGGUGCAGGCUGCCAAUGAUGCCGUCCAGGCCACCAAGCAGCUGCGCAAGGAGAUCGUCGAAUUGAUGUCGCAACUGCUCCAGUUGGCCAGUCGUCGAAGUUCAAAGGAUAUGAUGCCGCUGUGCAACCAGAUGGUGGCCCGCACUCGUACGCUGCUCAACAUCUGGGAGCCGAGCAUCGUGGAGGAGGCAGUUGCCUUCAUCGAGCGCCAUCGGAUCAUCGAGGAACCCGAGAACGUGCUGAUGGAACCGAUGUCGCCAUUCCGUAAGAUCACCCAGCAACUGACGGCACUAGAACUGAAGUCCCCGGAGCUGGAGGACUUUGCUACGCCGGUAGUAGCGCCACCAGAUCUUUGGCCACGUGGUCAGCCGCCGCUAAUGCGUUCCAACAGUUGGCACCCAAGCAAUAGUUCUCCAUCCAGCUCGCUAGAUAUCCGGGCCAUCGAUUCGUUGCAGCAUGUGGUCAAGUGCUACAACGAUCAUCUGCGCAAUCUGGAGCAGGGAAGGAAUCCUCGUCAGGCUGAAGAAGAGGAGGCAACAUAUCAGUCAUUGCCGCUAGCGUGGCAUUCUCAAUCUGAGCCCACUACUUCCACCCAAAUCCCAGAAACGGCAGCUGCACCAUCAGUACUGCAGCUAAUCGACCUGGAUGAGAUUGGACGACAGGCGAAGCGGCAGCAGCAUCAACAGCCACCGGCAGGUUUCUUGGACACCAAACUGAUGAGCUCAUCGCCGUCUGCCAACUAUUACAGGCCCACGGAAGAGCCGGAGCCUCUGGAUCUCACCCAGCUGAAUAUAGAAGCAAGCGUGAUGUGCCUCGUUAGCAAGCUAAAGUUCUUUUGUGGACGCUGCGACAGUCCGGCGAUACGACUACGUCAUCCAAAGGCGCCAGUCAAGCGAGAAGGAUUCGCGGUGGCACCGCAACAACAGGCACCGGACGUGAUUGCCGCUCCAUCAGCCGGAAAACAGGCACCGAAUCUCGAACUGGAUCUCAAGCCAUCGUCAGCGGAAAGUGGUGGUUCAAGUGCCGGAUCUGUCCCUGUGACUGUUAAGAAGGGCAACAAGUUCACCGAUGGUCUGGAUCUUUCAAUGACCACGGAUUGGGCUGCGGAACUUAGACCCAGCAUGCGUAAACUGCGCCAUGCCAUGGACCGCCUGUUGAAGACUGCCCGACUGAUGCACUCGGUGCAGCGGCUACAGCAGGAUAUGCGAUGCAAUCGGCUCCAGGCAAGCAUAAUGUAUCGCAGGGAUGUCUGCUUUUCCCAGGCGCUAACUGCUCUGGUCAGCUCUCUGAUGCUUCGUUUGUGGGGCAGCGAACUGGACAUGGGCUACCUGGUGAUGCUCCGUGAUCUAGGGCCGCUAGCCUAUUUUGAGGGCCUUCUUACGCUGUACGGCAACGAGGCGGACAUGUGGAGCGACAUGUGCAUCGCUAUUGAAGAUUUGUCCGCAGUUAGUUUCCAGUUAGUGCGAGCCCAAGGCGAGGCAGCUCUGUCGCCGACGCCGCGGAUCACUGGAUCGCGACAGGCACUGGAGGUUCAGCUCCCUGUACCGGAGCACUCUUUGCCCGGCAACGGCACCUCCAUUUCGUUCAAGAUCACACCCGUCUUCUUUAACAUCGGCAUCAACGAAAAAGCCAGCUUUGCCGAAACGCUGGGUCAGACAAGGGAACAGCAUCGCUCAAAUUGGGAUAAUUAUCUGCGUUUGAGUCAGUACUUCGGAAGGUAUCGGAAGCUGGGACUCGGUUCUGUGGACGCCGGCGAGUCGCUGCAGUCGCUCCUUGGAUUUAUGGAGCAGCAGUUGCGAGCCAAUGUUUCCAAGAACGUCAAGAUUCUGCACUUGGCUGAGGAUGCCUGCCGGCUUAUGGACGGCCUGCGGUUCACCUCCUGCAAGAGCGCCAAGGAUCGAACUGGAAUGGCGGUGACCCUGGAGCAGUGUCGUGUCCUGGUGCGCGAAUUCCAACUGCCGGCGAAACAUGUGCCCUAUGCACUAAGCACCAUGCGAAGUGAGGGAACACGCAUGGACAACGUUCUCAAGAAUAUUGGGAAGCGAAAGUAUGCCUUCAAUCGAACUCAGGUAUCUUUUCUGCCGGCCAUGUACAGGCCGCCAGUUGGCAGCUACGGCAAGGCGCAGACUUAGGGAUUUCCACUGGUGAUCCCUGUCCGAAUUGUCCGAAUUGAAAAGCAGUCAAGUACUUAAUAAAAAGAAAAAUGAGUUGGACGACUAAGGGUCAUCCGAACACAGAGAUAUAUCAGCAAAGCAAAGUAAAACAAAAACGUAUAAAACUGUGCCAAAAAAUACAAAACAAACAAAUUUAACCAAUUUUGCGCGAGGCAAGCAAAACAAACAAACGAUUAAGUAAAUGAAUGUAAUACAUAGGUAACUAAUUAAAUUAGCACAUUAUGGAGAAUCUUCCGGACAAUUGUUAAGCAUCACACGAUUCCAAUUCCGAUUCCGCUACUAUAUAUCCUUCCCCUUCCCAUAUUUAUUUAGGCUAUAUCCAUCUAUGUAGUUGUAGUUUGCAGACGAGGCAACCGUGUACUUUAGCGACUCAUGUACUUCCAGUGAAUAAAAAAAAACAAACUUGUUAA